AUGGCGGGCGCGGCGGAACAGAGUCAUUCCAGGAUCGAGACAGAUGAAAGACGCAGAGCGGCACAGAUGCAGAUGCAGAUGCCGGACGAGGAGCGGCACUACGAGCUGGCGGUGCAGAUGCAGGACGAGGUGGAGCAGCAGCGCUCCUCCACGCAGCUCGGGCGGGCCUAUUUCGACUCCUUCACCUCGCGCGCGGACGCCGCCGCCGCCGCCGGCACCGACAUCGAAGCCUCGCUCGAGCAGCAAGCCGCGUCGAUGCAAACACUGAAAUCCGCGCGCAAGUAUUUUCAGCUCUCAUUGCGGCUGGCGAAGGGCCUCCACGAGGGGGGGGAGGGGAUCGGCGGAGCAGGCGCACGCGCGGGCGGGAAUGGGAGGGUGAGAGGAGCCCGCGCGGGCAGGAGCGGCGGCGGAAGCGGGGGGAGGUCGUGGGGGGGGAAUCGGCGGUUCGCGCAAGAGCUGGCGGAUGCGUAUAACAACGUGGGGCUGCUAUUUGAGGAGGUGGAAAGCUACGAUGAGGCGGUUAACUGUUUCGAUCGCGGGCUGGAGGUGGGUGUUGGGAGGAGGGUGUGCGACGAUGAGGAGAUAGGGUCAAUCGAUGAGACGCGCACGCGGCUGCACAACUCGCUGGGACGAGUGUUCACCAAGUCGUGCAAGUGGGAGCAGGCGCGCAAGCACAUUGACAUGGACGUGCGGAUUUGUGAGCGGCUGAACAACGCCGUGGGGUGCGCCAAGGCGUGGAUCAACAAGGGCGACUUUUGCUUCAAGAAGGAGGAGUACGACGAGGCGGAGAGGGCGUUUAGGCGGGCGAGGGACAUAUUGCAGCAGGUAGAGGACGAGGCGGCGUUGUUGGCGACGUGUGAGAGCAAUCUGGAGAACGUGGGAGAGGCCAAGUGGCAGAAGGAGCAUUGCGAGCAGCUGUGGGGGCAGCACCGCAAGACACAGCGGCUGCUGGAGCGAGCAGGGUAA